AUGAAAGUGUAUUUAUCAGACGACCAGCUGCUCGACUUGCAAUUCCUGGAAAUGGCCUGGAAGAGUAUCGUCCAGCAGCCAGCUGUUUUGCGCAGAGUCUUCGUGUCAUCGACAUCAGGGAAACGCGCUGGAGUGGGAAAAAGGCUGCAUUGCUCUCACCGGCUGACCUUCCGCAAUAUCCCCAACGGACCAGGCUAUGUCAAGGUCGAGCUGCAUCAUGGUAUUGCGGGCACUUUUGGCAGCUUGAAAAUCUUCCGCAAGCUGAUGUGCCUCUACGAUAACCCUCAAGCAGAGCUCCGUGGACCCUCAUUCCAGCGGCAUGUCGACUACAUCUUGGCGGACAACAAACUGCAUUACUGGCAAAACUUCGUCGCCAAAGCACAGCCCUCUAUAUUUACUCGACUGAGAACUGGGAAACUCCCGCAACGGCCUGAUGAGGGACAGCAGCUAGAAGUGAAGCUCGACCGAAAGGGCGUCCUCGCACCGGUCUCCAGCUCCAGAGUUAGCUCCUCCAUGUUCUUCCACGCCGCUUGGCCCGCCUUCCUGCGGACAUUAUCUCAGUUGUUCCAACGUAAUGUUUGGCUAUAUCUCUUCCGGGCAUCACAAACGUGCCCCUUCCCAACAUAUCUGAAGCUCUUGGCCCAUACAUCAGUAUGA